AUGGAGUCGGUAAAACAAAGGAUUUUGACCCCUGGCAAGGAGGGAUUGAAGAAUUUUGCCGGAAAAUCUCUUGGUCAACUCUACAGAGUUCUAGAGAAGAGGCAGAAGCCCGGGGAUACCAUCGAACUGACGGAAGAUGGGAAGCCCAUGGAAAUGCCCGAGAAGAAAGCCCCGCUUUGUGACUGUACCUGCUUCGGGCUGCCCCGGAGGUACAUCAUUGCCAUCAUGAGUGGACUGGGAUUCUGCAUUUCCUUCGGGAUCCGAUGUAACUUGGGAGUGGCCAUCGUGGACAUGGUCAAUAACAGCACCAUACACCGAGGAGGAAAAAUUAUUAAAGAGAAAGCGAAGUUUAACUGGGAUCCUGAGACGGUUGGCAUGAUCCACGGUUCAUUUUUCUGGGGCUACAUAAUCACCCAGAUCCCCGGAGGGUAUAUCUCGUCCCGACUGGCAGCCAACAGAGUAUUUGGUGCUGCUAUACUGCUGACAUCCUCCCUCAACAUGUUGAUACCAUCUGCAGCCAGGGUGCAUUACGGGUGUGUCAUCUUUGUCAGGAUCCUGCAGGGCCUUGUAGAGGGGGUCACCUACCCUGCCUGCCACGGUAUUUGGAGCAAGUGGGCCCCCCCAUUAGAAAGAAGUAGGUUAGCAACCACUUCCUUUUGUGGUUCCUAUGCAGGAGCUGUUAUUGCAAUGCCUUUAGCUGGGAUUCUAGUGCAAUAUACGGGGUGGUCUUCGGUGUUCUAUGUGUAUGGGAGCUUUGGUAUAGUCUGGUACAUGUUUUGGCUUUUGGUUUCAUACGAGAGUCCUGCAAAGCAUCCUACAAUCACAGAUGAAGAAAGGCGAUACAUAGAAGAAAGCAUUGGAGAGAGUGCCAACCUACUAGGUGCAAUGGAAAAAUACAAAACUCCAUGGAGAAAGUUUUUUACAUCUAUGCCAGUCUAUGCAAUAAUUGUUGCAAACUUCUGUAGAAGCUGGACUUUCUACUUGUUACUUAUUAGUCAGCCUGCUUACUUUGAAGAAGUAUUCGGAUUUGAAAUAAGCAAGGUGGGUAUUUUAUCUGCUGUGCCACAUUUAGUGAUGACAAUUAUUGUUCCUAUUGGGGGACAAAUUGCCGACUUCUUAAGAAGCAAACAAAUUCUUUCCACCACCACUGUGAGAAAGAUAAUGAACUGUGGAGGUUUUGGUAUGGAAGCAACUCUUCUUCUUGUGGUGGGAUAUUCUCACAGUAAAGGAGUGGCUAUUUCAUUCCUAGUACUUGCUGUAGGCUUUAGCGGAUUCGCCAUAUCAGGAUUCAAUGUCAACCAUUUAGACAUUGCCCCAAGGUAUGCCAGCAUAUUAAUGGGGAUUUCUAAUGGAGUCGGGACCUUGUCUGGAAUGGUAUGCCCUAUAAUUGUUGGAGCAAUGACAAAGAACAAGACACGUGAAGAGUGGCAGUAUGUCUUCCUCAUUGCUGCUUUAGUUCAUUAUGGAGGUGUUAUAUUCUAUGGCAUAUUUGCUUCAGGAGAGAAACAACCCUGGGCAGACCCUGAGCAGACAAGUGAAGAGAAAUGUGGCUUCAUUCAUGAAGAUGAACUAGCUGAAGAGACAGGGGACAUCACUCAGAAUUAUGUAAAUUAUGGCACCACCAAAUCGUAUGGUGCUACAACCCAGGUCAACGGUGGCUGGCCUAAUGGUUGGGAGAAAAAAGAGGAAUUUGUACAACAGGAAGUACAAGACUCAUACAACUACAAGGAAGGAGAUUAUUCAUAA